AUGGUCAGCGCUGACUUCUGCACCACGAGUGUUCUCAUCUCCUCUGGAGCUGUCCUGGGCAGGCUGAACCCUGUGCAGAUGCUGCUGCUGACCCUGCUGGGAGUCACCUGCUGCUCUCUCAAUGAGUACAUCCUGCUCAGUCUCAUGGGGGUAAGUGACACUGGAGGCUCCUUGACUGUCCACACCUUUGGGGCUUAUUUUGGCUUGAUGGUUUCAAGGCUCUUGCACCAGCCCCACAUGGAGAAGAGGAAGAGGGAAGAGCAGCAGGACAUGGAGCCCCAGUUGGAUGUCUUUGCUGUGGUUGGAACCAUCUACCUGUGGAUCUUCUGGCCCAGCUUCACCUCAGCCACCACAGUCCAUGACCACGUUGAACCUUGGGCAGUGCUCAACACCUACUUCUCAAUGGUGGCAAGUACUGUGGCCACCUUCAUCCUCUCCCCUCUCCUCCACGGGGAGAGCACCCUGAGGAUGGUUCAGCUCCAGGAUGCCACUCUGGCUGGUGCUGCUGUGAUGGGUAUGGCUGGGGAGAUGCUGCUCACCCCUUUUGGUGCCCUCAUCGCUGGGCUCUUGGUUGGCCUUAUCUCCCCUCUUGGCUUCAAAUUCUUCACGCCCUUCCUGCGCUUCAGGCUGAAGAUCCAGGACACCUGUGGAGUUCACAACAUCCAUGGGAUUCCAGGAAUAUUGGGUGCCUUGUUGGGGAUACUCCUGACCCUUCUGGCCACCGCAGACACUUAUGGUGACAGGUUGGAGCUGGUGUUCCCACUGGUGGCCAGGGGGACUAGGACAGCCACUGAGCAGGCACUGUCCCAGCUCUAUGCCCUGCUCCUCACCCUGCUGCUUGCCAUCCUUGGGGGUUCCCUCACAG